GACCCCCGAGCCGCCAUGGGCAACACCACGAGCGAGCGGGUGCCCGGGGAGCGCCACGGCUCCAAGUCCCACCGUGGCGAUGGCGCCGGCGGGCAGGUGCACGGCAAAGAGCACCCGCACAAGAUCAUGGUGGGCAGCACGGACGAUCCGAGCGUCUUCAGCGUGCCCGACUCCAAGUUCCCUGGGGACAAAGAGUUUGUGUCCUGGCAACAAGAUUUGGAGGACUCUGUCAAACCCAUGCAGCAGGCCCGUCCCACAGUCAUCCGAUGGUCUGAGGGAGGCAAGGAAGUCUUCAUCUCUGGAUCCUUCAACAACUGGAGUGCCAAAAUCCCACUCAUUAAGAGCCACAAUGAUUUUGUUGCCAUUUUGGAUCUCCCCGAGGGUGAGCACCAGUACAAGUUUUUCGUGGAUGGCCAGUGGGUCCAUGAUCCAUCAGAGCCUGUUGUUACCAGCCAACUUGGCACUAUUAACAACCUGAUACACGUCAAAAAGUCUGAUUUUGAGGUGUUUGAUGCUCUGAAGUUAGAUUCCAUGGAGAGUUCAGAGACUUCGUGUCGAGACCUAUCCAGUUCUCCGCCAGGGCUUUAUGGUCAAGAAAUGUAUGUCUUUCGAUCCGAGGAGCGCUUCAAAUCCCCACCCAUCCUUCCUCCUCACCUUCUCCAGGUUAUUCUUAACAAGGACACUAAUAUUUCUUGUGACCCAGCUCUUCUCCCGGAACCAAACCAUGUCAUGCUCAACCACUUGUACGCGUUGUCCAUUAAGGACAGCGUGAUGGUUCUCAGUGCCACUCAUCGCUACAAAAAGAAGUACGUCACCACUCUGCUGUAUAAGCCCAUCUGAAUGGGUCCCCCUUGCUACCCUGGAUGUGGAAGAAAUGUCCUCUUUGUAUUUCUGGACUGAAUCCCAGGCUUAGCUUAGGACUGAGAACUGACGAGCUUUGAGGCCAGUUUAUGUGCUUCUGAGCUUCCUCUGGAUAGGCUGUUCUGUUCCUCCAUUGGACCGCGGGAGAGAGAGAGAGAGAGAGUGUGUGUGUGUGUGUGUGCACAGUUUUGUUUUUUUUUAAGAGGAAAGGGUGGGCUCAUGCAUAUGUAUAUAUAUGUCAUACAUACAUAUCUUAAUGUUAUUGAAAACCUCGGCACUGUCAAAUCUCUUUCUGUAGGAUGCCUGUUGGGUACUUUCCAGAGGCCUAGGAGAACAGAAGUGAGAACACUACUUAAAGCUGCAUGGAAUAAUAAAUGUGCAGGAACCUUGUCCAGCAUAGAACCUGGUGAUAAAAGUGGGUCACACUGCUGGCCAGGCACUCCCAUAGGAUAUCUUGCAUCUUUCUGUGGAAAGCUAUCCUUGAUUAAGUGGAAGACUUGGUUUUUUUCAAGUUCCCCAAAGCUAUGAUUUUUUCCCUCCAUACAACACUUCAUUCUUCCUGAUCCCUUCACUAGCUCCUAUUCCUCACUCUUUUCCCUUUAGGACAAAAUUUAGGGACACAGGUGAGGGUCCCUGUGAAGGGUAGUGGAGUGGAGACCUCAUUUCCUGCCGUAGGGGUAGGAUUGUCCAGAGACACCUUUUCUCUUUAGACCAUAUGCUGGCUUGCUUUAGUUCCUAGUGAAGAAACACAUUUAGAAAGUCCUGAAAAUGGCAGGGUUCAUAAAGCAUGUUAUGCCUCGUGUAGGCUUGCUCUCAGCUCCCUCUGGCAGAUAAGAGAAAGGUCUCAAAAGAAGAUCUUGUUCUUGAGCCUAGCUUCCUGAAUCCUUACAUUUGGACAGCCUUCCCUGGGCCUGCCAUUAUAAUAUAAUGCCAUUGUGUGUUGUAUGUGUAAGUAGUACAUGUAAUGUCAUUAUAUAGUAACUGACAUUUCUAUAGUGCUUUAAAGUUUACAGAGCAUUUUACAUACCUAAUCUCAUUUGACUCUAAUAACCCAAUGAAGUAGAUAUUACAUAUAUUAUUUUCCUCAUUUUACAGAUGAGGAAAACCGAGUCUGAGAGUAAGUUAAGUGACUUGCCCAUGGUUACAAAGCUAAUAAGUGUCAAAGAUGAGCUUUGAACCCAGGUCUUCCUAACCUUUAAGUCCAGCCCUCUGACCACUCUGCCAUGCUGCUGUAGAUGUAAGUUCACUCUAGCUUCCUUGGAUAGAGAAGGGAAUUCCUUCAUCCCCAAGUCUCUUACGCUCAAGCUAAGACACCAGGUGGUACCCUUGGUUCCUUUAGAAUAGUGCACUAAACUUUUUAUAAGAUUUUUUUUUUUUUUUGCUCCUCAUUUUAAAAGUAACUUGACUUUGGCUUAGUAGAAAUUGUGCAGUCAAAUUCACUGUGAUAUUGUUAAGGCUUGAAAUUUUUCCAAUGUGGUCCUUGCCUUUUUACAGAGAAAUGCAGGUCAUCUGUCCACACUCAAGGAGGCUAAAGCUGUUGCUGGCUGAGGGUCUCCCAUGCUGCCUAGGAUGGACCCUGCCACAAUGACAGGGCACCAGCAGGUCACUUUGGCUACCUCCUGGCUUAUCCUGAACUGAGCUCGGAAAAGACCUGUCGUCUUGGGAAUGUAGCCUUAUGGGUUCCCAGCAUCUUGACCAGGCUCAGUCUUAGGGUGAUGGGGAGGGCAGGGAUGCCCUAGUAAUGGGGGAGUAAAUGAAACUCGCUUGGCUAAUUAUUGAGCUUAAUUUGUGCUGCCUUGGACACUUGAGAACUUUUCCACCUGUGCACCAAAAAUCUUGUAUGGACACCCUACUUUGGGCCCAGAUGCCCUUUUCCUGGAGUGGUGUUGUGGUUGUUUUUGUUAAAUCAUAUGACACUUUGAAAUUGUUUGAUAAAAUAUGACAUAAAUGGAGUGUUUCACAGGUCAGAAAAACAAAACUCAGGUUUUUUUUUCCCUGUUACACAGUGAUGUCUUUUGCCAGGUUAUCUGUUGUGACAGCAUUGAACAAAGUUGUAGUUGUCGUAUCUAAUGACCUCUGUAUUCAUGUAUUAAAUGUGUCGUCUGUAUAGCACUGGCGUGAGACAGGGAAGGGGACACUGGAGUUCUCCCUUGGGCCUGAGGCCUGUGGCUCAGUAGCAGCGGGUUGUGGCCCUGGUGUCCUCCAUUCAGACUUCUCUGUUCUGGAUGAUGUGCGGGCUACCACUUUGCCAAGCUUUGGGGAAAUUAAUCUGCCCUCAGCCACAAGUAACAUGGAAGCUAGCCAACUAGUUAGAAUGGAAUUGUUAGGGAGGGGCAUGGUAAUCAUCUUGACCAGUCCUUACUCCCUUCUCCACGUGGGUAGAGCACUUUGCCUGAAUCCAAGAAGUCUCCACAAAAAAUUGUUGUAGCCGCCUGGGAGGAAGUAGUCCAGAGCAUGACCUGCCCUGGUUUUGAAAAGCUUUUACAGGCGUUUGUUUAAAUGAUACCUUUAUCUUCCGUCUUAGAGAUUCUGAUGAAAGGUUUGGAAGUGAGGAGCAAAGGCAGUGAAACAUGCUUUUAAGCUUUCUGUCGGUCAUUUCCACAGAAUGUCUGAGGGCAAACUGGCACAUUAAUAGAAUGGGUUGUCCUUCAAGGAGGAAGAACUGUGAAAGAACCAAAACGUGGUAUAGGAACAGCGGGGGAAAGGGAGAACAGAGUGUUUGGGGCUCCUCUUUAUGUACAGCCUACGGGCACAAGAGAGGCCAGAGGGCAGGUAGAGCUUUGGCCAGUCUUAGAAACCUGGCCAUAGCCCCAGGUUUGCCAAACCAAGCCCGGGACCUUAGGGAUGCCCAGAAGGAGGCAUUCUCUUCCGUUGUGUGCGCAUUGACCUCACUUUUUGAGUUCCCUAUAAAUAUUCAUAUCCUAAGGAUGUGGUCACUCAAUUCAGAUAUCACUUAAAAAAGACUUUUUACUUUAAGUCAUAAUGGAAGCAAUUAAAAAAUUAGAUGAUUCCUCAGAGUUUGGGGAAAUGUGAUGUGGCCUAUAUGGCCAUGUCCAACCAGGGCCACACCAGACACCGCAGGCCUUGCCUUCAUUAACACGGAGCUAGCCAGGAAUUAGCUCUCCGUCCCCACUCUUAAGUAAUGUAGACAUUUCCAGAUGGAAAUUUAGGAAGGCUGCAUGUUUCUCAGGGGGUCCUUUAGUAUAUUCCCUACUCUCAUCAUUUCCCAGAUUUCUCCCGUCUUGGCAGACUGGUGCCUUGGAGACUCUGAGUUAUAACCUCUUUACCAUGAAGUGGUGAGAUUGACAUUGAGAAAGAGUCAGAUUGGGAAAAUGAAAUGAAUGCAUUGGUUUAGGAAGCCUCUUUCAGCCAUGUUUUCCUUGGGGAAACAGAUGCUGGCCACAAGUAUUUGUGAAGUAUUCAGUAUUCCAGCACAUUCUCUAAAUCCCAUCCUCAGAUGCCUGGCUGGCACAAACCAACAAGGAUAUGAGUCUGAGUAGGUCAUUGGUCCUUAGUUUAUUCUUAUUUAUAUCUUGAGAGCCAAAUGCCUGCCACUGCUUAUUCACUGCUGCUGACUAGUUUAUUCACAGUAUCAAAAUAAUAUGUGAUGGGUCAGGGCAUUUGCUUCAAAGCAGACAGUUACACAAUUCAAGGUAGCAAAGUACGGCUCCUCUCUAAGAAAAAAGGCCUUUUGGAGCACGGGGGCCUAAGUUAGCAUUGAAAGAGACCAUCUGGGACUUUGAUUUGGGCCUUUUGGUCCUGAGAAGACCCUUAUAAAUCCUUCAUAAAUUGGAUUGAAUUGAGUCGCUGUCCUACUGUGCCACCUGAGGGGGAGGAGGUAUUAUUUUCUGACAAGGUUCUGUGUCACUUAGAGAAAACCUUUUCUUUAGUCUGAAGGCUGAGUACAAGUUCCAUUUUAAUUUCUCUGACACGAGGUGGUAUCGGUGUCACUGUGCCCAAAAGAGCUCUGGCUAACAUAAAAGUAUUCCUGGAAGUGAAAUUUGAGACGAGUGCUGAAUCCGGUCAAUUUUAUCUCAAAAAGAUUAACUCAUGAAGGGUACCUACAUUAAGUAUUUUUAAGUCCUGGUAAUCUCUCUUCCUUUCUGCAGACACGUCCCCUGACCAGGGGCACCCAAAGCAGGAAUGUCUAUUUGUUCAAUGGUCUUAAAUCUUUUCAUGGGCCCUUGAAAAAGGCUGAUCGAAUUUUCAGAGAACAGGAGGACACCUGCUUGUCCCUGUACCUCCAUGUGUUGGAAUGAUUUGAAUGAAGCAGUUGUUCAUAGCCUACACACUUCGAGAAAAAAGGGGUGAAUCUGUCAUGUGUGGGAGGGAUGAAAUAACUGAGACCCCCCCCUCCAACUGGUGCUUUUUGUCCCUAAUAUCGCCAAGGAAUCAAGUUGACCUUUGACGGUCCUCAAGUGUAGAGCUCUUUGUUUUCCUACUGAUGACCUGUGACUGACCCCUGGAUAAGGUGUAUGAUACCUGUAGUACGCAGAGCCUCUGUGACGUCACAUGUACAGGUUCCUUUUCCCAUGAAUGUAACUCAUAAAAUAAAAAUUAUCAUACAACACAA